AUGGAGAACAAUCCGGGCGAAUCGUCGGAGGUCGUGUAUGGCACGCACGAAGACUCCGCAAUGGUGAUGUCAGAAAAGGUGCAAUCUCUGGCCGGGAGCAUUUAUCAGGAGUUCGAACGUAUGAUUCAACGGUACGAUGAGGACGUCGUCAAAACACUCAUGCCCCUGCUGGUGAACGUCCUCGAAUGUCUCGAUUCAGCUUACCAAACGAAUCAGGAACAAGAUGUAGAACUGGAACUGCUCCGAGAGGACAACGAGCAACUCGUGACACAGUACGAGCGUGAGAAGAAUGCCCGCAAACAGUCCGAACAGAAGCUGCUCGAGACGGAAGAUCUGGCCGAGCAGGAGAACAAAGAGCUGGCCAGCCGUCUCGAGUCGUUGGAAAGUAUCGUGCGCAUGCUGGAGCUAAAGCACAAAAACAGUAUGGACCAUGCAAGCAGGCUCGAGGAGCGUGAAUCGGAACUGAAGAAAGAAUACAGCAAGCUACACGAACGGUACACGGAGCUGUUCAAAACCCACGUUGACUACAUGGAACGUACGAAGCUGAUGAUGGGUAAUUCAACGCAUUCGCAGGCUGGAUCGGCCUCCGAACGGUUGGAUGUUUCGCGUUCCCGUUUAAUGCCCAUGAUGCGCUCCACGGGUCCCGUUUCGUACGGGUUUGCUUCUCUGGAAAAUUCCACCAUGCUCGAUACGGAAACGUUAUGCAGCGAGGAAGACAGUGGGCCGGAUUCGGGACCACCGUCACUGCAGAAUGAAAUCGAAACGAAAGCCACCGAAAAGGUGGAAGAAGUUGAUUCGGCAACGACAACGCCGGGAGAUGGUAUGGCAACGAGCUCAACCGCGAAGGUGCUCCAGAGUCCGACCACUGGUGGUGUAUCGGGCAAAACAACCACAAAGAAGGAGCAACGUUCAGCCAACACACUCUAUCAGGAGCUGUCGUUCCAGGAUGACAAUUUGGAGAGCGAAGAAAACGAAAUUACCGGUGCCUGGGUACAUCCAGGAGAUUAUGCAUCGUCAGCUAACGAUAACUUCUUCGGCAUGGGCAAAGAGGUUGAAAAUUUGAUCAUGGAAAACAACGAGCUGUUAGCGACCAAAAAUGCACUGAACAUCGUGAAGGACGAUCUAAUAGUGAAAGUGGAUGAACUGACGGGUGAAAUCGAAAUUCUCAGAGAAGAGCUAAAUGCGGUAAUAUUGGCACGCAACAAACUGAAGGCAAAGGUUACCGAGCUAGAAGAGGAACUGAAGAAAACGAAAGCUCAAGUAAAGCAGGCAUCAUCAUCAGCAACCGACCAAGAGGAAGAAGGUGAUGUGCCGAUGGCGCAGCGCAAACGCUUUACCCGCGUCGAGAUGGCGCGCGUUCUGAUGGAACGCAACCAGUACAAGGAGCGGUUCAUGGAGCUGCAGGAUGCGGUACGCUGGACGGAGAUGAUGCGUGCCUCGCGGGUCGAAACCCUGGAUAAGAAAUCAAAGCAAGGCAUAUGGAAGUUUUUUAGUAAUCUCUUUAGCUCCAACGAUAGGCCAACGAAUGAGUCCCCCGGGCGACUUCAUCAGCGGUACGGUGGCGUAAGUGCGCAAUCGCACGGUGCCGCCUCGCUGCUGCCUGCCAUGCCCGAGGGACGAAUGCUCAUUGGGGCAGGCAAUAGUAGCGGUGGUAGUGGUGGUGGAGGCAGUAUCGGUGGUUUAGUAGGUGCCGGCACCUCGACUGCCCUCCUACGCAGUGGCCAUGCAAGCAACAUACUGGUGCUAUCGAAGGAACCGGAACUAACGCAAUCGGAGCGUGCGAUGCAACGGCGCCGGGACCAGUACCGGCAGGUGAGGGCACACGUGCAGAAGGAGGAUGGUCGGCUGCAAGCGUACGGUUGGAGUUUACCUAGUCUAAAGCCGGCGAACGCUACGGGCGCGAACGGCGGUGUUGGUGGCGGUGGUAUCGGGGGUAUUGGACGUCCUACAGGCAGUGGAGUGCCAGUACCGGUUCCCGUAUACUGUCGCCCGUUGGCUGAAGCUAGUCCGCAUAUGAAGGUGUGGUGUGCCAGUGGCGUUAAUCUGCAGGGCGGUUACACGAAGGACGGUGGCUGUAUUGUGGGUGCGGCUAGCAUAUUUUAUGCGAAAGACACAACCGGUGGCGGUGCACAGAUUACCGAACUUACCGCCGACGAAGCUACGGUAGAACCGAAAGAUUUGGGUGAACUGUUAGAAAGGAAACUGCUCGCACUCGGUGGUCCAACUUCGCUCGAUGCGGACAGUGAGCUAAGUUCGUACGUGUGGAUCUGUACCAGCACCCAUUCUGCCAGCACGGUUACGGUGAUUGAUGCUAAAAAUCCUUCCGAAGUGUUGGACUCAUUUCCGGUGUGUCAGAACCACUUGCUGUGCAUAUGUACGGUUCGUGGCGCUCUGGAAAUGGACUACGCAAUGUUGGAAAACAGCGAAGUUACCAAAUCGGGUAAAAUGCUUGAAAAACCCGGUGAAUCUCCUGAUGAUAUCGGCAAGGUUGCGUAUGAAAGGGUCGUACGCACACACGUCGAUUCUGCAACUACAUCGACAGAUGAGGGCAAAGUUACAGAGCAAGCACAAGAAGUGGUACCACCUUCGGACACAGGACCGGAACAAGCUACCGAAGUUAGUAACGACCGUGAUCUUAAUCAUAACAGUAAGCCCUCUGAUGAAACCUCGGAUAAUAUCAACCUGGACACAAAAGAAAUUGCGAUUGCGGUGGAUGGUAAUGAUAAUACGAUCGGUGAGACGACCUCCUCGCCCAGCAGGCAACAGCAGUCGGCGGCUGCGAUCGAGGAAUCCAUUUCCUCGAUCGGACCGACGAUGUGGCUGGGUGCCCAGAAUGGUAUGCUCUAUGUGCACAGUUCCGUCGCAAGAUGGAACGUGUGUUUGCACAAAAUUAAACUACCAGACUCGGUUCUAUCGAUCGUGCACGUAGAAUCGCGUGUUAUCGUAGCGCUCGCGAACGGUACGUUGGCCGUAUUUCGCCGACAGGUAAAUGGCGAAUGGGAUCUCAACAGUUACCAUCUGUUAACGCUCGGUUCGCCGAAAUAUUCCGUGCGCUGUUUAACGAUCGUCGGUGAUAAGGUUUGGGCCGCACAUCGCAACAAGAUCCACGUGAUCGAUCCAAUCACGCUGUGCAUUCUUAAAUCGUUCGAAGCGCAUCCUCGCAAGGAAAGUCAAAUCCGGCAGAUGGCAACUACGGGGUUGGGUGUGUGGGUAUCGAUAAGAUUGGACUCCACGUUAAGGCUGUUUUCGGCGGAAACGUACGAUCAUCUGGAAGAUAUCGACAUUGAUCCCUACGUGUCGAAGAUGCUGGGAACUGGCAAGCUAGGAUUUUCCUUUGUACGCAUUACCGCAUUGUUGGUAUCGUGCAACAGGCUGUGGAUAGGAACCGGUAACGGUGUAGUGAUUUCCGUUCCACUGACUGAUGCAAGCGGGGCUUCCAACACACCGUACUCCCCGCGGUUCGCCAAUGCUCAACUUUCGUUCCAUGGGCACCGCGACGCAGUGAAGUUUUUCGUGUCCGUACCGAUGAACCCACCCAAUCAGGGGUUACCGACCACGUCGAAGGAUAUGCUGGUUAUAUCCGGUGGAGAAGGAUACAUCGAUUUUCGGUUAGGUGACGGUGAUAUGGAGGCCAGUGUUGAACUCGAACCGAACCAAACCAUAGAGAAUCGCAAUGAAAAGAGCUACAUUAUCGUGUGGAAAGUCAGCAAUCGUUAG